AUACAACAUGGAAAUGUACAACGAUUGAUCUUCGUCAUCUGCAAUACAUAUGUGACGAUUGCAUGUACAACAAUUCUAAAAAUCUACAUCACGUGCAUGUACAACCAUUCUAAAAAUCUACAUCAUGUGCAUGUACAAUAAUUCUAAAAAUCUACAUCACGUGCAUGUACAACCAUUCUAAAAAUCUACAUCAUGUGCAUGUACAAUAAUUCUGAAAAUCUACAUCACGUGCAUGUACAACCAUUCUAAAAAUCUACAUCAUGUUCAUGUACAAUAAUUCUGAAAAUCUACAUCACGUGCAUGUACAACCAUUCUAAAAAUCUACAUGUGCAUGUACAAUAAUUCUGAAAAUCUACAUCACGUGCAUGUACAAAAAUUCUUGCAAUAGGGACAUGCACAACCUGUAUACACGUACAAAGGGCAGGGUGUGAUGUAAUUCGAAUAGUUACAUGUACGAUCACGGGCAGCUUUUCUAUGAUGAUAUGUCGGAAUAAGAAUAAGUACAUGAUAUUGUGUUCACAUUUGUAUGGAAACAAUUUUAAAACAAUUUACAUAUACAAUGUACGUGUACUAAACAUAUCGAUAUCGAUUUCAUACAGAAGUUGAAUUACCGUUCAUAUUAUUUCACAAUAUGUUAAAUAGAAAUAAAUGAUUAUAGAAUAUUAAUAAUGAACAAUUCAUUGCACUUGUUUCUAGAAGUACAGCGAUGCAUUAACAAAAAAUUAUUCAGAGCUCACCAAUGUAUAUCGUUUAGCACGGUGAUCUGUCAUUACCUCAUCAAGGCCUCCACAUCAAAUGAUUCUCCAUCUGAACAUAACAAAUAACAUAUGCUUAUUAUGUUUAUGGUUACCGCAGUCUUCGUUCCCGCCAAUUUACCGAUGUAACGUCUGCUCAGAAACAAUUAUAUCAAAAGACAGGAGAUACUGUAUGUCAUUCAUUGUAAAAAUACGUGCCCCGAUCGAGGUAUCACGUGAUAACAAUCUACAUGACUUGUGUUUUAAGAUUUUUGGGAUGCCUCCCUCAAACUUUCACUGUCAUUCCGAUAUUCACCAGUGAUGACCUACAUUUUUUUGCAAGAGCUUGCACAAUUUUAUUCUUUUCUCCUGUCUCGAGCUUUCGUUUUGUCGGAUCGAUUUUUAUUUCAGGCUGCCAGAAGAGUCGGGAGCUAGUCGAUAGAGCGGAUGUUUUUAAGAUUCUUUCUGCCGGUAGUCAUGCGUUGUCUCUGAAAUGGAAUAAAUGCAUUUGUGACUGGAAUUUUUUUUUUCAAUUUUAUCAAUUAUUUUCAAAUAAUUAAUUUCCAUACUUUAGUGUAUAUUGGAUGUUCUGGUGUCAUUUUGCGAUAGACUACUGUUGUGAAAAUAUUCCACUUUUAUAUAACAGUUUCUUGUGACCAAUAUUUUGGAAAUGAGUGGUUGUUUUGUGUUUGUGAAUCGAUCACUCUUUGGCGGAUCUAACUAUAACUGUCGACGCCAUGAACAAGAGGCGUGGACGGGACAAUGGGAAUUUACGGACUCAGAUAUUUCUGCUGAGGAGGCCCCGAGCUGGAAGUUUUGGCAAAAACUUCACAUACGUCGGGGAGAUCAAAAACAAAAAGAACUUGAAAAGUUGCGAUCAGACUUAGAGAAUGGCAACCUUCCGAUAGUGGAUAUAUCACAAAUCGAGGAGGAGACCGGAAAAGCGCAGAGAAGCCAAAGUCUGAGACCGCCUCCCAAACCUCCCAGAAUGUUCCUCUUCCGGUCUUCAUCCAUUAGUACCCCGCGGAACUCUACUGUAAUAAAUCCUGGAUCCGAACGAAAUUCCAUUAUCAUGUCACAGGCUUACCAAAAUUCGCGAUCACGUGACAAUGCAAAUAUCCCAACAGCACUUGUUGCGCCUGUUCGCCAAGAAGUUCCUGCGCAGACGACAGAAAAUAAUAACGAUAUACUGGAGAAGGAUGCAAUAAUUACAAAUCCGGACAAUGUCAAGCCGAUCAUCACUAGGCCUGUCAGAGGCGAACAGGUGUUCACUCCAAACCGCAUCAAAAUUGUGACCCCCGAUCUUACUCCGCGUAGGAAUUUUAGUCGUCAAAGACGUGCCUCAGAAAUAGUCCCACAAGAGGAGAGACAUAAGCUGAUAAUUCAGAGCUCUUUAGAACUGUUAUGUCAGAAGUUCGAUCCUCUCACUAUUAUAAAUGAGCUGAAAGAGAAAAACAUCAUCAGUGAAGAUGAUAUUCAGGCAUUCCAGGAGCAUCCAGAUCGUCGACUUGUCUGCGAAAGCAUUCUCCAUAACCUACUCGAGGGACCAUAUUCAAAGUUUUUCAUUUUCUGUGAUAUUCUCAGAGACUCCUCUGAUUACAAAAAUCUUGCUUUGAUAAUGGAUGUGAUGAAAGAUACUUAUGAUGUUGUUUACAACAUUCCUGCAAUAGCUAGUGAAGAAAUUCCUGUGAUGGAAGAAGAAAAGACAGUCACGUUUGAAAUCGGAUACUUCAAUGCAGAGACUGGUGUCAUGAAACCGGUUGUAGAGUUAGAGAAGACAAGAGACUCCAGUAAGAGAUUCUCAAGAGAUUCUCUUUUCUUCAAAAGAGCAUCUCGUCUAUCAUACAUGUCCGUCUCUAGCGAGGGACGAGGGAAUGACGAUUCAGUUCUGAUAAAUCACGGAACUCCAGUGAUCAAUAUCUGCAUUUCUGGACAUUCCUUGCAUGAAGGUCGAGUAAAAUCUUUGGCUAAGGUUGUGAGUAAAUACAACUGUAUUCUAGAGCUAAGGAUUGGCAAGACACAACUAUCGGGACGAGACAUUGGUCAUUUAUCUCCAGCAAUCCAAGCUAGUACCUGCCUUACUGUACUAGAUCUGAGACUGAACUCCAUCGGCAACGAAGGAGCGCGGCUUUUGGCGGUUCCGCUGACGAAAAACUCGCAUUUACGACAGUUAAACAUAUCCUCGACAGGGAUUGACCACGAGGGAUGCAAGAAUCUCUCAGAUGCUCUCAAACUAAACAAUACCCUUACAGACUUAGACAUGAGUUUUCUAGAGAUAGGGGACAGUGGAUGUAUUUGUCUGGGGAAUAUGUUAAAGGCGAAUAAAAGUAUCAGCAAAAUGCGCCUGCGCAGUUCUGGUAUUUCCUGGAUUGGUUGUGGCAUUUUGUUUGAAGGUGUUCAGCAGAGUAGGUCGCUGUGCGUUUUGGAUCUGAGUAGGAAUUUUAUCGGUGACAAUGGAAUGGAAAUGAUGUGUCGCCAUCUCAAUGAAAAAAGUGCGCUCGUGGACCUAAAUUUAGAAAACUGUGGAAUUACGUCAGUGGGAUGUGCAAUGUUGUCUGACGUCAUCUUGUCAAACAAGACACUCACAAAUUUAGACAUAAGUGUUAAUUUCAUUGCCGAUGCAGGGGUUGCGAAAUUAUCCGCUGCUUUAGAACGUAAUAAGAGUAUCAAAACUCUGGGCUUGAACAUGUGUGGCAUAACUAAUGAUGGGUUCUCAAAACUGCUUGACGUACUGGAGUGCAAUCCUACUAUGACGUUACUGAAACUCUGCUAUAACCGUCUAGGCAAAGAACACUCGAAUCCUUCCGCUACUUCCGAUGAUUUGAAAUACAGAGUGCGGAUAGUGACGUCAUCAAAUCCUAAACUCAAGAUUCUUCUGUGGGGGAAUUCCUUUGAUGACUGAGUUAUAAAAGACAAUUAAUCAGAAUAUCAAUACAUUGUAAAAUGAUAGAAAUAGUCCGUCGCUUUAGUAGGUAACCCAUGUAUGGAAAAAAAAUCACGAUUAAUGUAGAACAGGUCGUGGUUUUUUUUGCAAGUAAACAGGUGAAUAUAAGAAAUUGCUUUGUAAAUACGAGAAUUAAUAGAACAUGAUAUUGUGUAAAGCAUCUUACCAGACCAAACGCUUUAAACUGACCAACCCCUUUGCAAUAACCAUGGACCAAUAUAGCAAAAUCUCACUAAUGUUAGAUUGUAAGCCACAAGUUGUUUGCUGAUAUUGUUGUUUUGUUGUUUUGAUGUCAAUAAAUAUAAAAUGACA